ACUUUUCCAUCUGGGAUAUUUCCAAUCCUUAUUUCCCUGGGGAGAGCAGGACCUGGAAGCUGAGAUCCCCAAGCUGCAGAAGAGUUUCUAAGCACCCUGGCAGCUGAGAAGUUAUACUAGGCAUCAUGAAUGUCAAUGAUUUUGUAAUUCUCCCAGGCUCAAAAACUGGAACCUCAGUGAGAUUAAAAACAAAAACUGUCAAGGAAUUGCAGUUGGAGAAAGCUCAGUUAGAAACAGAAAACAGAGAGAUGGAGAGAAGAUUAUUGCAGCUGCAGUCAAACAUGAGCAGAGAAAAAGAAGAGAGGAGGAAGUUAGGUGCUUACCGUUGGAAAUCCGGGCAGGCAGGACCAAGGACCCCCCAAACCCAAGCUGUGACACAAAAUAAUGAAAACAGGAAGAAGCUUUCUCCAGAAAAAGUGAAGUUGCAAGUACUCAAGAAACCGAUUCAAGAGCCAGUGAAAAAAACAGUUAAACCUGAAAAAGGAAAUGUAGCUCAUGAAAAACUGGGAGUAAAGGGGAUAGCCUGUAGGCCACCUGAAAUUGAGGGUGGGCUGAUGGAACCAGCCUCGGCAUCAGCCUGUGCAAGCCCUGGGAAUCAGGACAAAGGAUUGCUGCUGAGUGGUGCCUUUGAUGAGAAGGCAUCUGCAAAGUCUUUUCAGGAAGCUUUGCUUCAGUGGAGAAAAGGUGGAAGUGAUCCUGGAGGAGAUCUGUGUGCCAGUGAGGUCCCAUCAGAAGCUGUGGGGAGUUGUGAGGUACAGACCAAUGUUACUGCUCUGAAGGAACCCAUCCACGUGGAAUUCCAGAAGGAUGGCCUGAGCUACAUGGAGAAACUCCUGCUGAAGAAAUACAGAAGAACUCCAGUUGAUCAAUUUUUUGCAAGUUGCAUGAAAGAUUCAAGACCUGUGCAAGCCUUGAGUGUUCAACAAGCUGGGGCUGGAGGAGGGGAACAAGGAGAUGAUGAUGAUGAUGACAUUGAGGAGUUAACAGAUGAAGAGGUGAAGAAAUAUUGGGCAUCUGUUUAUAGAACUGAAGAAUCCAACACUGUUUCUGAAAAUGCAGAGUCCUCUUUGCAAAUUGAGUUCCUUGAUGAUAGUGAGGAGUUGGAAGAAUCUUCAUACUCUUCUGUGGAGGAAACUGGAAAUAUGGGGAUGAAUAAGCAAGGAAAAACUGACCCACUGGAGUGUGGAAGAAAUCCUGUUUCUCCUAAAGAAAUUUCUCAAGAAAAACCGGUUGUCUGCAGUGAUCUGGAAUUCAAUGCAGUGCAGGAGGAGAGUGUGGAACCAGAGGUUGGGAGAAGAUCCCUGAGCUCCUGUGAACUUCCUGAGCUCUCUGAGCCCAGUGGAGGAGUGAGCAAAGAUCUCCCUGGGGCUGAACUGAAGAGCAGCAGAGAUCUCCCGGAGUCAGAGGAGAGCAGGAGAGAGCCACAGGAGCUGGGCAGUGUCUGCAGCACUCAGAGCUUGGUUUUGCCUGUAGUGACAAAACCUUCAGCAUUACAGGAUGUAGCCAAAAGACAGAAAUGUGGUUCUACAUCAUAUCAGGGACUUGAAGGUUUCUUUGUAGGUGCAAACCCUAAACAAGAAAAGCUGGAGGCACCUUCUUCCCUGGCUGCUGCCUCCAGCCCUAGGGACAGGAAAAUCCCUUUUCCAGGAGAUGGGCUGUGGGUUUCUGAGAGGAGCCUAAGUGAAUAUGCUGAUGACUCUGUAGUCCAAGGUGUCUUGGCAAGUCAGCUGAGCAGAGCUGCAAAUCCUUUCCAGGCUCAAAAUCAACUUUCUCAUCUGAUGGCAGCAUCGAUGCCAUGUCCAGACAUUUCAGGGCCUGAAAAUCAUUCCAGCCUAACUUGUGAAGAUGGAACCUCCUCCAGCAGAGCCAUGGAGAAGAACUCUGGAAAUGCAGAUUUGCAGAACACCCUGGAGCUGAAAGACCACGACACAUUUGAUAUUUUUGGGGACUGGGAGGAAAGCCAAAUGGAUGCUGAGGAAGCAAUUCUGGAGGACAAACUGCAGGUUCUGGCAUUACAGUGAACAUGGAAAACUCAGUUCAGUCUCCACCUUUCUAUGGUUCAGAACCAACAAGAUCAAGAGGUGUUUUAAGUUCUGCUCAAGACAUCAUUAACCAAGGACUAUUCUGUAAAGUUUCCAUUAAAACUUCUUGAAAAUA